AUGGAUACCACGACAAAAGAAGUUGAAGCACAACAAUCCAGUGGUGAACCCACUAAUGAAGCAGUUGCUCCAGUUGUAGAAAAUACUACAGGCAAUACCACUGGUACUACAGAAACCCCUAUAGAAAACCAACAACCAACUGAGAGAUCACGUAAACAUUUAUCUAACAGUGAUGACGAUGACGACAGAAAGGAUAAGGAUAGUGAAGAUGAACAUGAUCAGCGUAUAAGGGGUAUCUCAGUUCCAGAUAGCUCAGGUAAUGAUACUUCUGAUUUUGGUUCAACAGCCACGAAACGUCAACUCCUGGAAGAUAAACUUGAUCGUAUCUUAAAGAAACCUAAAGUAAGAAGAACUAGAAGAGAUGAGGAUGAUUUAGAGCAGUAUCAGGAUGAAAAAAUUCUAAGAUUAAAGGAUGAAAUGAAUAUUGCAGCUCAAUUGGAUAUUGAUACUUUGAACAGUAGAAUUGACACCGGUAACAAUUCUUUAAUUGCUAUUCAAAAGGUUAAACUAUUACCUAAAGUGGAGUCUAUACUUUCGAAAGCCAAUCUAGCCGAUACUAUCUUAGAUAAUAAUCUUUUACAAAGUGUAAGAAUAUGGUUAGAGCCAUUACCCGAUGGAUCAUUACCUUCUUUUGAAAUUCAAAAAUCCUUAUUUUCAGCUAUAAAUUCUCUACCGAUUAAGACAGAACAUUUAAAAGAAAGUGGUCUUGGAAGAAUAAUGAUUUUCUAUACUAAAUCCAAACAUGUUGAACCACAAUUAGCCAGAAUAGCUGAAAAAUUGAUCGCCGAAUGGACAAGACCAAUCAUUGGUGCAUCAGACAACUAUAGAGAUAAGAGAAUCACUCAAUUAUCCUUUGAUUAUGAUAAAUUAAGAAAGAAAUCAGCAUUAGACUCUGCCAUUAGUGGUAGAAAGAAGAAGAAACCAUCGAGCACUGUAGCUCAAGAAAGUGGAUCUACACCCCAAUCGUUAUAUGAACAGGCCGCUGCCAGAAGAGGAAGAGCUGCUGCCCCUGCACAAACUACAACUGAUUAUAAGUUUGCUCCAGUUAGUAAUGUUAUUCCGGUUAAUACAAAUGCUAGAACUACAGGUGUUGGUUCUACACUAAAUAACAAUGAAAUGUACAAAAAAUUGAACGCAAGUUUAAACAAAAACAAAAGUAAACAUUAA